AUGAAAACAUACGGGAGACCGGUCCGGCGCGUCUUUGACGAUGACUUCCAUCCGGCUGCGAAGAAACGACGCGUCCAGGAGGCGGACGACUCGGACGAUGCCGAAACCAAUCUUCAGUACGCCAUCCGCGAGUCUUCCGCCGCGAUUAUGUCGAGUCCGUCGCGUCGCACCUCCGUCAUCUACUCCGAGGAGACGCAGGACGAUGAUCUCUCAACGCCACCCUCGUCGCCACCCCGUCUCACCCCUCCGCCAGUCAAUACGCGAAAACCAACGUUCUCCUUUCUAAAACGCAAGCGGUCAUCGACAAAAGACCCAAGCAAUGGGUCGCCGUUGACCGAAGUCAAUUCCAACAGCGUGCGCUCUUCGGCAGACCCGCCGAAGAAGUCGCAGAAACACCAGCAGCAGCCUGUGUUGAAGCAACUGCAGAUCGAUGCAGGCGCCACGGUUCGACGGAGUUGUUCAUCCUGCGGGAUGGAGUAUGUGACGUCCAAUGCCGAAGAUGUUGAACUGCAUCGCAAGUUCCACGACAGGAAUUCGACGGGCAUUGACCUGGGGAAGGCCUUCGUGAAGGCAAACGCGUCUCGUUGGGUCUACGAAGCCACGCGUUUCGACGAAGGCUACGUCGUGAUCGUGGACCGAAAAAGCUCUCCUGCUGCAAGGAACCAGGCAAAGAAGGUUCUCGAGGUCGUCAACAAGGAACUCUCAUCUCCUGAUAUCGAUGAUGCUGUCUUAUGGAGCCAGACAGAGCCUCCAAAGCGCCUGAGGAAGAAUGGAAAGAAGGAAGAGACGGAUCGAUACAAGGUGUUUCUACAUAUGAAGGAAAGCAGAUGUGUGGGCUUGUGUCUCGCCGAACGGAUAUGGGAGGCGAAACCGGUGAAGCUCGAGCCUCCAAACGGCCGGACAGAUCAGAGAUCACAGAGCUCUUCCAUCACCGUGCAAGAUGAAUCUCACCCGGCCAUCGUCGGCGUCUCGCGCAUAUGGACGUCCGGUUCCUCUCGUCGGAAAGGAAUCGCGAUGGAUCUGCUGGAUUGCGUGAUGAGUAAUUUCAUCUACGGAUUGGAUAUACCCAAAGAGCAGAUUGCCUUUUCCCAGCCGACAGAGAGCGGGUUACGAUUGGCAGAAGCGUUCUUCGGGACUGACGAGCCGUGGCAUGUGUGCUCUGCGAUGUCUGGAUCAAAUCCUUUCCGCCGUAGCAAGUCGAUAGCAAAGGACGAGUCCUUCCCGCCUCCUCCGAGCGGCCACGCGGUACCACACGGGACGACCACAGCUUCCCCAAGGAUUGUCGAUGAUCAUGAAGCCCACUCCUCGUCUCGCCCUAAGACAGUGCGCAUCGCGUCCCCUCCAGUCCCUUCCUCGCCUACCGAGUCCAUAUCAUACUUCCCCAAGGUUCCUUCGAUAGCAUUCGGAGCCCAUCGCGGCUCACCACCGCCAGAGAGCUACGAUUUUGCGUCUUCAGAUGAUUCUGCGUCCAACCCAUUCAAUCCGGAUUCAUCCGCGAGCGACCAUGAUGAUGGGGAGUUUGAGAUCACAAACCCCGCGAGACAGAACGCUAUAUCGUCAGGGAUUCCCUCUGACAGCAAUGAUCGCCGGGCUAUGGGCACAGGGAAUGGGACAUCAUUGAGCUCUCCAGACUCGCAGCGGGCAGUUCCAAUUGAACCGAACUAUCCGUCGAAUGCUGAGGCGAAAUCAAGCGGGAAGCCCAAAGCUGCUCUUGACGUGGAUGCGUUUACUCGACUACUUUUAACGGGUGAUCCCGGGAAGCAACCGGAGACGACGACAUCUAACAGACCCGGUGAACGGUCUCACUUUGAUUCCGGACUUGCCAGUGACAAUAGCAGUAUCAGCAAUGCUGACACCACGGCCGGAUCUCGACCGUCCACCGAGUCUCGUCCUCGCACGUCGCACGAGACGCCGACAUCAGAGGCAGAAGAGAUGCGUUCAGAUUCACAUAGGCAAUCCAUCUCUGGGGAGAAGAAGUCGAAGCCUCCGCCACCCAAGACUCGCCAUGGCAAGUUGAUCAACCCCAAUAGUUCGUCUCCGGCGUCUACCACCCAGCCCGCUGAAGCACCUCCACCAUCCCGUGUUUCUCAUCGACAGAGUUCACCGUCGGAAACUUCAGGUUCACUAUCUUCUGAGCCUCGCUAUUCAGUACCCUCGCCGCCGUCGGCGAAGUCUUCCAACAUAUCUGAUGAUGCUGGGACGACGGAGUCUUCUUCGCUCAAGAGGGCUCCGUCCCAGUCAAAGAGACCACCCACCCCGCCACUGACCCGCCGGCACAGUAGCAAGGCUGCUUCGCGAGACAAACCUCGUCAGAUAUCGUUGCCCUCUGGAGGACUGGGGUCGCAGGCAACCGGCCCAACGAGUCCUAGCCUCAAGACCCCACCACCACCACCGUCACGACGUCACGAUAGGCCUCUAAAUACUCUCCAUUCAGAAGCAUCUUCCCAACUGAAGUCUCCUCCUUCACAGGAUCCUUCGACCCCGUCGAGUCUUCCACCGAGCGAAGAUUCCGCAACGGGAGUGGCAUCACCACCCUCCCGGAACCCAUCGGUCAAACGAACACCGUCUGGUUCUACGACGAAUGGAUCCAAUAUGCCGCCGCCUCCCCCUCCUCCACGGCGCAUCCGAGCCUCGAGCAAGAGCAGCACGGGCAGUGCGAAUCCUACAUCGGCGCAGCCUGACCGGGAUGAGGAACGAGGUGAUGACAUAUGGCCUCGUCCGUCGAAUGCGGAAGACAUCCUGGCAGAUCUAUCCCGACUUCAGAAGGAGGUCGAUGAUCUUCGGGGCCGCUAUGAGAGCCGCCUGGCUAGUCAUUAA